GAGACGCAGACAAGGAAAACUAACACAACAUCAACAGGUGGCAGCCGACUACCUCUCUUGUUUCGUGCAAAAACAAUUAGUAAUUUUAGGAGGACUAUGUGGUCCUCAGACGCGUGUUCUUACCUGACCUGUGUUGUGAGCCAAACGUGAUUAUAUAUUCAAGAACUCAACCAUUUAACAUGAUGUCAGCUCGCAAACCCAUCGCCGUCCUGUUUGUGGGAUUUGCUAUUGGAUUUAUUCUUGGCAUAAUCAUACUGAGUCCUAGCGAGGAUCCUUUACCAUCAUCAUCACACGCAAAACGUCAGUCCACCUGUAAUCAUCCACCUGAGAAGAAGGGCCUGGUGGAGGGGAACUAUAAAUCCUGGCUGGCUAACCAAGGAGCUGUUCGAAAUUCCUUAGACAUCGAUGACUUUUUGUAUGGAAAAGGGAGAAAACAAGCCAUCUUAGAAGCAGAAAUGCUGAAAAAUAAGGUUCACAUCACAUGUGUUGUAUUUGUCGAGCGGGAAAAGAAUGCAAUAGCUGCAUCUCAUACUUGGUUGAAGCAUUGUAACGAUUAUGAACUUUACCAUGCUAAGAGACCCCAGGAUCUCCGUUUGAAAGAAUUUUCAGCAGAGCUUAAAGUUCAAAUCAUAGAAGUUGCAAGUUCAUGGGACUUUUUAUGCAAGAUAAUACUUAAUUUGUGGAAAUCUAAAGGAACCCAGCUGCAAUGGUUGUUAUUCGUGUCAGAUGAUAUGUUUGUCGUUCCUGAAAACUUAAGAAGAAUGGUGGCACAUGUUGAUUCAGACGAUCCCUAUUACUUAGGGCAUGCUCAAACAUUGUGGGGUCAACCAUUCAACGUAGCUUUAGCGGGGUACGUUUUGAGUAAAGGUACUGUCAGACUUCUUGCUGGAAACUUUUCAUCACUUGAGACCUGCUCAUCCGGUGGCAAAUACUGGAAAAAAGAAGAUUACUACCUGGGAAGAAAUUUAGAAGCAUUAUGUGUCCUUCCAAGUGAUACACGUGAUGAAUCUGGUAAAGGACGAUUUCAUGGUUACAACCUGAACCAACUUCUUUUUUCAAACAAGCUGGCACUCAUUGCCUCAUACUGGAAAAACAGCAUUUACCCUUCAACUGAGGGAAAAGAAUGUUGCAGUGACUUAUCAGUUACCUUUCAAGGAAUUGAAGCUGAUAAGAUGUAUAUGUAUGACUACAUUGUUAACCAUUUGCAUGUCUUCACACAAGGACAACAUGGCAAUCGCCCAGCACCAACUCCUUAUCCUCCUGAGCAGGUUUGGCAAGACUUUAUGAGAAGCAGAGGAUAUACAUCAAUGGAAAAUGUUUCUUCAAAGCAGUAUAUCGAAGCAUGGAAGGCAAAAAUAAAUGAAGAUCUGAUUAAAGUUGGUUUGAAAAACAAGAAGAAUGUGUGGAGAGGUUUGGAUUUGAAGGAUGGAGGUGGCCAUGGAGAGGCUAUUCCUUUACCAUUUGGAGUGGAUACUCUCCUAGAUACAGAGUAGUCCUCACAACUAGUCAUAAUCCUCAUCUGUUUGAUAUUAAUGUGUUGUGUUUUUUUUUGUUUGCAGUUGCAAUGUAUAAGAUUUUUGUUCGUCUUUGAGUAGAUCUCCUUGUGAUAUGUCACAUAUCUUGCUGUGAUAAAUAUAACUUGCAUAUUGCACAUAUAUGGGCAUCUUUAUGGGCAACUAAUUACUUACCGUGUAUUACACAUCCGUCCUUUUCCGUCCAUAAGAGACUACUGUGUAUUUUCUAUGAAUUGUAUCCUAAAGUGUCUUGCAUUUAGUUACUUUUACAGCCCAACGCUUCCCAUAAGUUUUCCUUUUUAUUAGGAGGAGAAAGUAGAAUCUCAAUAUUAUGUUGAGUGUCUGUCAUGUCUCAUUCCUUUCUAUUGAGAGGCUUUUUUUGUCCAUGAUUUUGCAUCUCAUAUUUUAACAAGCACUUCUUGAUAAGCAAUCAUUUUAUGAAUUUAUGUCUUCCAGUAUUAUGUCCUUGAAUAUGUAGGGUUGAUUCAAAGUUAAGGUGAACUACUGUUGUUGUUAUUAUUAUACUUUAUUAUUAACAUAAGUGUAUAGGGAUGUACAAUAUGACAUGUUUUUAUAAAACUGUUCCUUAGCGCACAAGGGUUUGUUUUCAGUGAGUGGCACCUUAACUAUUGGGUCGAUGAACACAGUUGUUUUUGGUUAAUAAGUAAAUUCACUGACUUGA